GAAAACUCCUUAAAAUUGUUGCGUGCACAGAUGUCAUCAAUAUAAUGAAAUCAGCAUAGCCUUAUAAUGUUAAAGGAUUUAAAAGUUUAUUUUGGGACGUUUUAGAUUAAAGGCAAGCAAGUUUUGGGUCUUUGAAUAUUCUGACAGAAGAGAAGGUACAAACCUAUGAAAUUCCUCCAAGUAUUCGGGGGAGGAAGGAUGGUUCUUUGUUGCCUACGGCUCUCAAAGAAACCUACUUUUUCAUCAUGAGGCAAAUACAUAUAAUAUCUAGAUGUGGGUUUAAAAAAAGUUGUUAUUUUGCAGUUUUAGGAAACAGCUGACAGGAUGAUGGCCACAGUGGAACCAGACCAGGCAGAAGCUCCCCCUUGUGGGGAGUACGUGUUCUGCAGCGGGGGACAGUUCAGACUGAUGGAGAUCAGGGAUGCAGCAAGUGCAAAGGCCAAGAAGAAGUGGGACUCUGCGCCUGCGAUCCUCCAUGAGGGGGAAGGGAACGACUGUCCGGGUGACAUCAUCAUGGACAUCAGCAAGGACAACCUCCCCAAGGAGAUCAGGAGGGCGAAAAGGCGCUGGCUGUCUGACCAAAAGCUGUCAGGGGAGCACAAAGACCUGCACUACGGCAUCGAAGAGUGCCUGGAGUUUCCCUUCACAGCGAAGGUCUGGCUUCCUGACGACACCACGGUGAAGGCCAAGGUCACGGGGUUCAUCGAAGGUGAAGAUGGGAGCAAGAGGCCGGGGACUGGGAUCGGCUUCAAAGUGACCUAUCUGGACCAGGAGCUGUUGGUUCCCACAGAUGCCUUCGUGGAUGAGCUGGCUGAUCCUGACCAGCUGGACGAUGACUGGAUGCACAGCGGGGAGGCAGUACCAGCUAAGGUGUUUGCAGUUCUGCGAGAGUUUUACGAUGGCGCCAUCUUCACCAACAUCCGGAGCUUUGGAGACAUCUGGUGUGACCUGCGCUACGAUGUGGGGGACGAAGGGUUCAAGAAAGAGAAGAGAAAGGUGACAGCAGCCAUGAAGAAGGACUACAUCAGCAACCCGCCCAAGAUCAAGAAGAUCAAAUCCUUCCCGAAGGUGGACACAAGUGAGCGGCUGUGGAACGUGCACUCUUCAGCCUACCCUCUCAUGCAGAUGUCCCUGGCCUUCCACACGUACCUGGCAUCGCUCGGCCAGUUCCCGUUUGAGGUCAAGUUGAAGUAUGGAGGUGGGAUCGUCACAACAACUGGGAUGGUGCCUUACAAGGCUAACAAGUACUUCCAGGAGUCUCGCGGAGUAUAUGUUACCAUCGACCUCCCAAGCGCAUCAGGGGAGCCCCCUAGCAAGAAGUCGAAGAACUGCAUCACGAAGCACGUUGCCAUGAGUGUCCACGGCGUGGAGGCCUGCGAUUCGACCCCUGACCCCGUGAAGAGGUACCUUGAGGAUAUAGACACACUGAUGGGGUAUCAGGGCCUGUGCGUGGACAAGUGGCGCUUCGAGCAGUGCAGGCUGCUUCCCAAGGACAUGUACUCUGGGGGGUGGAGAUACUAGCGCUGCUGACUUAACCUUUAUUCGUGGGGUAGCCUAUAUCCAUGGUUUUUAGAAUGGAAUUUUAUAGGGAUACCCAAGAACAUGUACUCUGGAGGGUGGAGAUACUAUUGUAGCUCAGACUUAACCUUUAUCUGUGGGGUAGCCUAUAUCCAUUGUUUUUUUUAAACGGAAUUAUGUUAGCCCAAGUGGCGCUU